CAAACGUUGAACCAGAAAGUCCAGUUAUGUAUUCUCAUCAGACUUUGCUAAUGUUGGUAAAGCACCCUGCUUCCUGAACUCUUAUUGUCAAAGAGAGCGAGGAAGCAGCAUCUGGCACUCCUGAGGUGCGGUGUCACAAUGCAUAAGAGCCAGAAGAUCACAGGUGGAAACACGGUGUUCUACAGACCAGUUGCAAAGACAGCGGAGGUGAGAUCUGGAUACCUGUUCAAGUCUCCUCCCCAAAAACCGCUCUUGACAGAGAAAUCAUGGAAGAAGCGGUACUUUGUGCUUUUCAAAGUCAGUGAGGAAGAAUACCUACUGAAGUACUUCAGGAGUGCAGAGGAAAGGCAAAGUCCGCUUGGAGGGAUAGACUUAUCACAGAUAGUGUUGUUACAAGUUUCCCCUCAACAACACCACAGAUGGGGAUGGGUCCAGAAAAGCUUCAAGUGUUCUCCAUCAUGUGUGCUCUUUAUCAGGGCAGCUGGCAGGGAAUACUUCCUCGUUGGGGAGACAAGUGAAGAAGUGGACGGCUGGUUCUCUGACCUGUACGAGGCCCUGAAAACUCGACCACAUAAAUGUUCAGAGGAAACGUCAAAUGGGAAUCAAAUUAUUGAGGUUAUUUCGAAACCCCUUAUGAGGCAAAAGAAUUCUGCCACAGUGCCUGAACAGUCGAUGCUGAAAUUUCGGUCCAUGUCUGAUCCAUUGUCCAAUGCUGUGGAUAAUGACACUGACAAAUCAAAGACUGAAGAAUAUAUCAGAAGACGUGCAUCAGAGCCUUUGAAUCCAAUCUACGACAUUCCCAGACCCUACUUAGGACCAUCACCAGUGUCCAGUGGCACCGCCCGUCGCAAAAGCUUGGACUCAAUAUAUAUGCCGAUGAUGGAAUUUAGAAAUUAUGCACAAGUGGCUCUGGCAGCGGACCGGGAAGUUGAGCAAGUCACUGCUGGCACCCUGAUGAGGUCUGUAAAUCAGGUCUUUGACAAACUGAAGACUCAGAUUUCACCACUUCCUCCAUUCGAUGAGGAGACAGUCUCUGAUGACAGAGGUAAACACUCACGUCCACUGUCAGAUCUCAGCACCAGUUCCAGUGACAACAGUGUCAUCUCUCCUGUAGACAUGCUGGAUACACCAAUUGUGCUAACACUGGAAAAAGAAAGCUCUUCUGAGAGGUGAGAUUACAAAAUAAUGAAAUCCAAAGAAGCCCCUACCAAGUAGACACUAUUACCUCUUUUGGUGGGAAUUUCAACUGAACCAGAGUUAGUAUGGCAUCUGGAGAAUCAAAGCAUUGACACCAUCAUCCCAGAGGAGAGAGACUUUGAGAUCCAGCAGGGACAUUUGAAAAAACACCUGACACUAACAGAUGUGGAUGGAAAACCAAGUGUGUCUGCAUGGACAGGCCAGCCGCAGACUGUGUGCCUCUUCCACAAAGGAGACGAAAUUCUGGCCAUUAAUGACUUGCACUGUGGCAGCGUGGAGGAGUUCAACAUGUACCUCAGCAAGUCUCUCAAGAAUGAUGUGAAAGUGACCAUCCUGCGUCGUCCUGGAUGCCCUCCUCUGCAUUCACCAAGCGGCCAUUGUAUUGAAUGAAUGCAAACUUACUUCCACAAUAUGUUGGUUUGUACCAUAUAUUGAUCCCCUUAAAAACGGACAGUAUUUUCCCCGAGCUGUAGGCAUUUCCUAUUGAUCCAUCACUCUAGAGGUUUACCUGAUUCAAGCGUCUAGAGGAGCUUAAAGUGAAAUCUCCAAAAAUCUCAAAUCUCAUGACUCAAGUUAUAUAUAUAUUUAGCUGCCAAGCAUUGGUUUUGUGACGUGCAAUGACUUGCAGUUUUAGCAGAGAUUGACCUUUAAUGUCAUUAUGUGUUGUAGUGUGUGUAGAUAAGCAUUCUGGGAAAGGAAACAAAGGAAAGGGUUUUACGGAAACACAUUUCCUCAUACCGCUCUUCUGACCGCAAAUGUCUUGGGUUUUUUUAAGUACAAGACCUAAUGUGUAAAAAAUUGUAUAUACACUUUGUAAGAAAGCUAUUUUUAAUAAUGAACCUCAAUCUAAGAAGAGAGGAAGUGACUUAAUGUGAUUUUUAAAACAUCAAGAUGAUGUAAGGUGUUAGAAAAGAUCCUUUGAAUUAACAUUUAUGAUCGAAAUGAAGGAAUUCAAUAUAUUUAAAAGAGAUCAAAAGUUAAAACAAAUGUUCUUACUUGAACUGAGUUGUAGUGUGAAUGUCCUCACUGAGCAAUGCUGGUUCCUUUCCAGUUUGCUCUGUAUGUGGCACCUGUGAUCAAAUUAAUUUGUAAUCUAAUGCAUGUCAAAGGACGCCUACUAGACAAUAAUACAAAGGGUGUAUUGUUUGUCCAAAUGUCUUUGUUGUUAUUGUGUGUCCACAUUUAAAAAAGCUUAUGUCCAAAUGAUUCCUUUCCUCGUCAUUUAAGUCUGCUUUGACAGUGAUCACAGAGGAUGAAUGAUGAAACAGAUUGCAGAACAAAUAUUUCACGUCAUCCACCACACCUUAGGGUGAGUCUUGUGAAUUCAUAUGCAGAGAGGGUAGUGUUUCUCCUCUGACUGCUUCAUCCGUUUCUCUAUGAUUUAAAGCUGUACACUUUGCUUGGAUUGUAAUUUUAAUAUAGCUUGGGAAGAUGGUUUCUAAUCCUUUUUAAAUGAUGUCUGGUGACCAAAGCCACUCCUACACAGACAACAUCAAAUGGAAAUUAUCUGCAAGGAUGGUUCACUUGAAGUGCUACAAUUCCAGUCUGAGCUUUAUAACUGUUAUCACCAAAUACAAAAGCAUCUGACAUUGUUAAUAUUCUGCUGGCAUCGUAUACGCCUUAUCGAGAUUAUUGCUUUAAGUUUAAAUUGAGCUAUUAAUCAGAGAUGAGGACACUGUUCACAACAUGUAUUUCUCAAGCUGUGCUGUAUUAUAAAAUCGCUGUUAUACAUAAAAGUAUUCUUUCAGA